AAGCCGGAUGGUUUAGUGCGCAUGCGUGGAUGUAGAAUUCUUGACGGCGCCAUUGUUAGUUCAUACCACGGCUUUGGCUUUUACGGGGAAAAUGUCGCGCUACUCUCGGCCUCCAAACACUUCCCUCUAUGUACGAAAUGUUCCCGAAGGAACGAGACCCGAAGACUUGCGAAGUUUAUUUGGCAAAUAUGGACCUGUAACUGAUGUGUAUGUUCCAGUGGAUUAUUACACAAGAAGAUCAAGAGGUUUUGCCUACAUUCAAUUUGAAGACCCUAGAGAUGCUGAUGAUGCAUUGUACCACCUUGAUGCCAGUAACUUUUAUGGGAAGAACCUACAGAUAGAAUUUGCAAGAGGAGACAGAAAAACACCAUCACAAAUGAGAAACAAAGAAAAAAUGAGACGCAGUUCAUUAUCACCAUAUCGUAGUCGUUACUAUGAUGAUUAUUAUGACAGACGAGGCAGCAGACGAGGUUACAGAUCAAGAAGUAGGAGUCCAAGAUCUCGUUCAAGGAGCCCUAAUGGUGGCAGCACUAGGAAAAGUCGACGUAGUCGAAGCAGAUCUCCACGCAGACAUAGGUCUUACAGUCGUUCUCGCAGCAGAUCAAGGUCUUAUGAUCGCAGAAGAAGCAGCCCAUCUCCACGUAGGUCUGUAUCUGGCGACCAGAAGGACCACACACUCAGGUCUCGGUCAUACAGCAGGUCUUCGUCCCAGUCAGGGGGUAAAGAUGGCUCUGGACAGGAUGACCAGAAGGCAGAUAGCCCUCAAGACUAGUGUAUUAUAUAUAUUUUUUCAUAGGUUCAUGUAUUUUUAAUUUCUUCUAGACUGUCUGUCUCAUGCUGUAAAUUACACAAUCCCCCUCCAUGUUUCAUUGAAAUAAAACUUUUAUUAAAAUUAAAA